AUGAGAGCAUGGAAUUCUAGAAGUGUCAAGAAAGAGGAAAAAGAACUGGUAGAAAAAAUAAAAAGUCAUAAAAUAGACAUAUUAGGUAUUACAGAAACAAAAACAAAGAAAAAGGAUGAAGCAGAUUCAAAAAGGAUACUAGACGUUUUGAUCACCUUAAUCAUCAAAGUAAGAAUAAAAUCAGCUUGGAACAGAGUAAGAAAUACAGAUGUCAAAGAACAAUGCGGGAUACAAGACAUUGUGAUAUGGGGAAGACAGCGUAAGAGGCAGUGGUACAACCAUGUAAGACGGAUGGACGAGAACAGACUUCCGAGAAUAGUCCUAGAAAACAACCCGCCCGGCUCAAGGCCUCCCGGGAGACCACCUAAAAGGUGGAAAUAUAGUUGGCAAUCCACCUCUCAGGAAAAGAUGCAGAGGCAGCUUCAGAAUUAA